CCAACCUAAAUCUCUCCCCAUGUCUCGUGCGCGCGCCGUACCUGAAGUCUAAAACGUUGCCUCCGCCGCUUCGCUGUUAUCGUCGCCACGGUCGUCAAUUCGGUGUGCGUCCUCUGUGCUCGUUUCCCAUCUCUUCUCUUCUUCCUUGGACUCUUAAUUGUAAAAUCAUAAACGAGGAUGCAAGUCUGUGGUAGAGUUGCAAUGAUGGGCUCGGGGCAACAAUUUGCAUGCACCAAGGUGCUGAAUUUUCCUGCUAAUAGGUGUGACAGCUAUGGAUUUACGCCUCAAGUGAAGCUCAAUAAUGUGAAGGCUUGUAGGGCAUCUUAUGUUGAAGGAAGUUUGGUCAGUGGAAAGCCAUCUACUCUCUCCGUCUCUGUGCCUGAAAUAGGAGGUGAUCAAAGUAGCUUUCUGGAUUAUGGCUUGAGUGAAGCUGAUCCUGAGGUGUAUGCUAUUGUUGGCAAGGAAAAGAACCGACAGUAUAAAAGCCUUGAGCUUAUUGCUUCAGAAAAUUUUACAUCGAGGGCAGUGAUGGAAGCAGUUGGUUCAUGCCUCACAAAUAAGUACUCAGAAGGUUUGCCUGGCAAAAGGUACUAUGGUGGAAAUGAGCACAUUGAUGAGCUUGAAAUACUAUGCCAACAGAGAGCAUUAGCUGCAUUUCACUUGGAUGGGAAUAAGUGGUGUGUAAAUGUUCAACCGUUAUCCGGUUCUCCAGCCAAUUUUGAGGUUUACACUGCAAUUCUUAAGCCACAUGAUCGAAUAAUGGGUUUGGACUUGCCUCAUGGGGGACAUUUAUCUCAUGGAUUCAUGACUCCUAAAAGGCGUGUAUCAGGCACAUCAAUCUAUUUUGAAUCUAUGCCUUAUCGACUUGAUGAAUCAACAGGCCUCAUUGAUUAUGAUAUGCUCGAGAAAACUGCUAACCUCUUCCGACCAAAACUCAUCAUUGCUGGUGCUAGUGCUUAUCCUCGAGACAUUGACUAUCCACGGAUGAGGAAAAUUGCAGAUGAAGUUGGUGCUUUUCUUAUGAUGGAUAUGGCUCAUAUCAGUGGACUUGUUGCUGCUGGUGUGCUUGCUGAUCCCUUCGAAUUCUGUGAUAUUGUGACAACCACAACCCACAAGUCUCUUAGAGGUCCAAGAGGUGGUAUGAUAUUCUUCAAGAAAGACUCUGUGCACGGUGUUGAUCUAGAGUCUGCCAUUAAUAAUGCUGUUUUUCCAGGCCUACAAGGUGGUCCUCAUAACCACACAAUUGGAGGACUAGCAGUUUGUUUGAAAUAUGCCCAAGCCCCAGAAUUUAAGGUUUAUCAAAACCAGGUCGUCUCUAACUGUAGAGCUCUAGCUAAUCGAUUGAUUGAACAUGGCUACAAAUUGGUUUCUGGUGGAAGUGAUAAUCACCUGGUUCUUGUCGAUCUGAGGCCAUCUGGCAUUGAUGGUGCUCGGGUGGAGAAAAUUCUUGACAUGGCCUCUAUAACCCUCAAUAAAAACUCAGUGCCUGGUGAUAAAAGUGCCCUGGUUCCUGGAGGCAUUCGGAUAGGAUCGCCGGCAAUGACAACAAGAGGACUAGGAGAGAGAGAGUUUGUUCUAAUAGCAGACUUCAUUCAUGAGGGUAUACAAAUAGCACUUGAAGCCAAACGACUGGCCCCGGGAACAAAGCUCCAAGACUUCAUGCAGUUUCUGUCAUCCCCUGAAUUUCCUUUGAAAGACCGAAUUUCAAACCUUCGUGAAAAAGUUGAAGCACUCACUACUCAGUAUCCAAUUCCUGGAGUCUAAGUGGUGAAGUAUUAAAUGAUAGAUUUGCAUUUUGUUCUACUCUUAAGGGGGUAUUGAGAUGCUUCAUUUAGGUAAUACAAUAAAUAAAGUAUUUUCUUUGAUCUUUCCCCCUUUUAUGGUCAAGCUGGGCAAAAUGUCUCAUUUAGUUCCCAAAAUGAGUUUCAUUUUGUAUACUGUUAAAUUUUAUGUUGACUGUAAUAUACUGAAUUGCACUUUGGGAGAGGAUGUUGGCCAAUUUUGAUCCAUCAAAUAAUAUUAAAGGAAUUGUAUCAA